AUGGCUCAAAUGCACAAAUCAACCACCAAGGCUGAUGAAGCCGUGAAAUUUGAAGAUGGAUGCUUUGACCGCAUCAAAGCCGCCAUGCCCACCGGUGAUGCACCCAUGUCUGAUGGUAGCAAACCUGGUGCUCCCAAUGCUGAUGUGAGUCCUGACCAACAGAACGCAGAACAGAACAAGCUGCAUUUGAAGCGCUACCUCGACUCUCUCCUUCGUUUGAGCACGAAGUUGAAAACUCUUCGUAGGGAGAUGAAGGACCACUACACACCGGACCACAUUGCGAAGUUGGACCGGGAGUAUGACAUCUUGAAUGAAGAGAUGGCCAAAGGUGAGAAUGCGAAAUUUGGCCCUGAGCCUAUGUGGUGGAAGGUUGCCCACAAAAAGAUGAACGAUGCCACAUUCGUGUUUGAAACUCAGAGGUCGAGCCGCGCCACAGCUGCAGAGCAGAAAGUGAAGCAAGCACCUCAGAAAUCCAAGCAGUUCUUUGACAAAAAGGACACCGAAAAAAAUGAAGAGCCUGGCCGGAUCACGAAGAAGAAGAAGAGAGAGCAACAUGAGAAUAAUGCCCCCGCAGUUGAGGUGGUUUUCACCGCGCCUAGUCGAGCCAAGCUCCACACUGAUCCAGGUCCCGGACCAGGCUUGCGAAGCUUCGUCAAAGAGAUUGGCCAUGGAGUUCACGACUUAGCCGACAGUGCCAUGCGCUAUGGCUGUCCGAACCGCAAAGGCAGUUCAACAGGAGGUCCCAGAGGUAGCAAGGUCCAGCUUGGGGCGCUUAGCGGAUAUCAAGGAGAAGAAUGCUGA